AUGGAGGAGCGGCACCGGCGGGCGCUGCGGCGCGGGCGGGCCCGGCUGGUGGCGGCGCUGCGGGUGGAGCCGCUCUGGGAGCCGCUGGAGCGGCGCGGCAUCUUCACCCGCACCAUGCUGGAGGAGAUGCAGAGCACCGGCGGCCGAGGAGACCAAGCCCGGCAGCUGAUCAUCGACCUGGAGACUCGAGGGAAGCAGGCUUUCCCUGUGUUCCUGUCCAUCCUGCGGGACACGGGGCAGGGUGACCUCGCGGACAUGCUGGGCCAGGAGUGCGAGUCCCCCCCGGCACUGCCACAGCUGCUGGACCUGCGGCCCGUGGAGCUGGAGCUGCGGGGAGAAAAGCAGCAUAAAACUGUGACCCUUCCUGAGCGUUUGUCCUUCCCAGUCCAAGCUGAGAGCGAAAAACCUCGAACACCUGUGCCAACCCAGGGUUCUGCUGUUGACAAGAAGAGCCGUGACCUGGUUUAUGAGCUGAAAGCAGAUCCCUGCGGGCACUGCCUGAUCCUCAACAACGUCACCUUCUCCAGAGACUCCCAUCUGUCCACCCGCGUGGGCUCCGACCGCGACUGCGAGAAGCUGGAGCGGCGCUUCAGGGCCUUGCGCUUCGACGUCCUGACCCGGCGGGACCUGAAAGCUCAGGAAAUGGUUUUGGAGCUGCAGAAGCUGGCGCGGCAGGACCACAGCGCCUUGGACUGCUGCAUCGUGGUCAUCCUUUCCCAUGGCUGUCAGACGAGCCAUAUUCAGUUUCCCGGAGGCGUUUAUGGAACGGAUGGAAAACCCAUUCCCAUAGAAAAGAUUGUGAACUAUUUCAAUGGGUCCAAUUGCCCAAGUUUGAGAGGAAAACCCAAACUCUUCUUCAUCCAGGCCUGUGGUGGAGAACAAAAGGAUCGAGGCUUCAUAGUGGAUUGCGAUUCACCCAAAGAUGAAGCUCCUGGAGCUUCUUUGGAAUCGGACGCGACUCCUUUUCGGGCUCCAUCGGGUGACAUGGAUGAGCCAGAUGCCAUUGCCUGUUUGCCCACACCCAGCGACAUCUUGGUCUCCUACUCAACUUUUCCAGGUUUUGUCUCCUGGAGGGAGGCGACUGGCUCGUGGUACGUGGAGACCCUGGACAGUGUGCUGGAGAGAUAUGCCCAUUCAGAAGACCUGCUGAACAUGUUACUGCGGGUGGCAAACGCUGUCUCAGCCAAGGGGAGCUACAAGCAGAUUCCAGGAUGUUUCAACUUCCUCCGUAAAAAAUUCUACUUUGUGUGUGACUGACGUGGGGGCUCCAAGGUCCCUGCCAAGUGUGAGAGUUCCUUCCCUGUGGCCAGAAGGGAAAUCUGUGCCUGCUACAGCUCCUGUGGAUUUUGUCCGUCUGUCGAGGUGUUUGUCUGGAGAAAUGUGAUCUGCGAACACCGUCCUUGCUGUGAUAGUUGAGAUGAGGUGGAGAUGGUGCUGUGCCCAUGGGAAGUGCUGGGGAUUGGAGCAGGAAGCCCCUUUUCUGGGGUACAUGCUGGCCUGGAACCUCUGGAGCCAGAGGAGAGCACCUUGGGCUCUUCAUGUGGCCACGCUCAGCCUCAGAGUGUUUUUCCUUGCUGAUCCUGAUAUUUGUGUCCUGUGCUGCCCAGGUAACUGAUUGAUGGGAUCAACUUUGGCCCUCAGGUAUAAUGGGAUGAGUUUUGCCAUCAGUGUUUAUAAUAAAUGCAAUGAAAAAGCAAAUCUUUUGCUGUAU